UCGGAGGUGUUGCAAAGUGUGAGGGCUUUCUAUUGCUUCCCUCGAUGCUGACCGGCAUUGUUCUCUGCCUCAACUCUUUGCUAGCUGUGGCACUAGCGCAAUGGAACAGCGAGAACACGGGCAAGAGUAAGGGGAGACAUCUGUUUUGCAUGCACCUGAUCGUGUUCACGUUGUCCAUUCUUCUGCUGUUAUCCUUUACGGUAUUCGCCUUCCACGUCAGUGAGGAGGGUGCGUCCGAGUCCGACUGGCUUCAGGAGAGAUACCGAGCCAAUGCUACCUGGGGCAAGAUCCGCGGGUGUUUGUGGUUCACCCGCGGAGUCUGCAAGCGGUUCAUGAAGCAUCCAGGCAAUUUCUCCGAGUACGAGAGCACCACGUUGGCGGACCUUGACGACGACUUCAAGCUGACGGCGAUGGAGGCGUCCUGCUGCAAGCCCCCAGCUGGGUGCGGAUUCGCUCGAACGCCCGACACGGCCACGUUCAUCCGGAUGAGUAACAUGAGCACGGCGAGCCAGGCGAGCGACGCCACCAUGCUGACGGAGGAGGACUGCGGUCUGUUCAAGAACUCGGCGAAUGCGCGCUGCUUCGACUGUCUGUCCUGCAAAGCUGAGUUUCUGCACACUGUCAAGCGCCAGUGGCGCAGGUCGGCGGUGAUGUGCGUGUCGUUCUCGACUAUCCUGCUGAUAUGUUUAGUAUCCAUUUUGGGUGCCUCGAAGCGUGGGGACGGCUUGUUUCUCAGGGAAAUUCCCACCCAAUCCCCCUGACAGCAACUGACGGGAAACUGAAGCGCAUGUCGUGGGAGCAGUGCGCGUUAAUUUCUGUGGCAACCAUCGCCCUUUGGUGAAAGGUAUCGCCGCG